CGUUUUAUUAUCACACAAAACAAAUGUAUUAUUUUACAUUUGAUAUGUGUAUAUACUAGAAAACUAGAAACAACACUUUAUUAUUUUGUGUAUCUCUAACCAUAAACACCAUGUUGAAGUUUGCUGUAAGAGUUCAAGCAAUGGCACAAACAUUAUUCUUCCUGUUUUGAUUACUCUUAGCACUAAGCCUAGUCUAUAUGCAACUGAAUGCAGGACGGAAAAUGGUUUAGGUCAAAUAUGUAUUAAAAUUUACAUCUCCCAAGGCACGGAGACAGCUUGUGUACCGCAAAUUUGCUACCCGCGGCUCGAACAUGAGACCUAAACAGAGGACACCUUUCCCUUCUCAACCAACUUCACCACUCAACUACGCCCUCUUAGUUAUCUUAGGUACCUUAGUUAUAGUUGCAUGGUUUGCUGCAUGAAUAUCUGUCUGGCUCGAUGGAAUAGCCUCUUGCCUCCCUGCCUGCCUGCCUAUUUAAGGACUCGUCAUAUGGUUCACGAGAUACACCAACACUUGCUUCUUUCCUCUUCCUUACUUUUUCCAUCUUUUGUUAAGUACAUAAACAAAACCAUCCUCUUAAAAUGAUGUGGGCAUUGAGCAUUUUGGCUUCUUUGCUUUUCAUAGGCAUCACAAGAUGGGUUUACAGGUGGAGGAACCCUAAGUGUAAUGGAAUUCUGCCUCCUGGUUCCAUGGCCUUUCCGCUUGUUGGGGAGACGCUUCAGUUCCUCAAGCCAAAUAUCACUUCAGACAUCCCAUCCUUCAUCAAAGAGAGAACAAGAAAAUACGGACCGGUAUUCAAGACUAGUCUCUUCGGGCAACCAGUCAUCAUGUCCACAGAUGCUGAGCUCAAUUACUUUGUGUUCCAACAAGAGGGGCAAUUAUUCCAGAGCUCUUACCCUGUUACUUUCACAAAGAUCUUCGGAAGGCAGUUGCAUUCAUUGCACGGCUUCAUGUACAAGUACCUCAAAAACAUGGUCCUGACCCUCGUUGGCCAUGAAGGUCUCAAGAAGAUGCUUCCUGAAAUCGAACAAGUUGCACGUAGAAAGUUAGAGAUUUGGUCUACUCAGGAUUCAGUAGAGCUGAAAGAUGCAACCGCAAGCAUGAUAUUUGACUUCACCGCUAAAAAGCUGAUAAGCUAUGAUCCGGAGAAGUCCUCAGAGAAUCUAAGGGAAAACUUCGAUGCAUUCAUUCGGGGGUUGAUUUCUUUACCUUUGGACAUUCCGGGCACAGCUUAUCACAAAUGUCUAAAGGGCAGGGAUAUGGCAAUGAAAAUGCUGAAGAAUAUGCUUAAGGAGAGACGGGAAAACCCACGGAACAACCCAAGUGACUUUUUCGAUUAUGUCAUGGAAGAACUACAGAAAGAGGGGACGGCAAUGACAGAAGAAAUUGCAAUAGCUUUGAUAUUCCUCCUGCUUUUUGCCAGCUUCGAAACAACUUCACUGGCUUUAACUUUAGCCGUCAAAUUUCUCUCAGAUCACCCUUCAGUUCUGAAACGUUUAACGGAGGAGCAUGAGGCAAUUCUGAGAAACAGGGAAGCUUCGCACUCUGGACUAACCUGGGAAGAAUACAGAUCGAUGACUUAUACUUUUCAGUUCAUAAACGAAACAACUAGAUUGGGGAAUAUACUUCCUGCAGUUUUCAGAAAAGUUUUGAAAGAUACCCAGUUCAAAGGUUAUACCAUUCCAGCUGGCUGGAAACUGUUUGUCUGUCCUGCUGCCGUACAUUUGAAUCCGAACAUAUAUGAUGAUCCGCUUGCCUUCAACCCUUCUAGAUGGGAGGGAUCGGGAACCAGUAACGUGUCAAAGUAUUUCUUGCCAUUUGGUGGUGGUAUGAGGCUCUGUGUAGGGGCAGAUUUCACCAAAUUGGAGAUGGCCGUAUUCCUUCACUGCCUGGUCACAAAGUACAGGUGGCAUGAGAUCGGAGGAGGAGAUACAAUUCGGAGCCCUGUAUUACAAUUUCCAAAUGGUUAUCACGUUCGACUACGUAAAAUUUGUAAAUAAACAAGCCGGAGGGAUAACCAGGCAAGUUCCGGAGACUGACCAAUUCAGGCCUAUCAUUCAAGGAGCACAAGCAUGGCAUGUAAAAGAAGCUCACCCACUAUUCUCAAAAGUAAAAGUGAAAUUCUAAAAUAAGAUGUAAACCCAAGUUUCUUCUUCCUCCAGCACAAAACUUAUCAUCAAGGGCUUUGAUAAUCCCUUGUUCUAGUAUCGUUGACACUGCAUUUUCUGCAGUCCUGUGAUCGAUGUUCAGAAUGAAUAUUACAUAUGACCCUAUUCCAUUUUA